UGCAUCCCGGCCGGGAAGGGCCGGGGCGGGGCUUGGGGGUGGCCUGGCUGCUCUCUGUCCCCUUCUCUCCACCCGGGUGACGGCGGCCGCGGCGGAGGCGGCGGCGGAGGAACCCGACACGCACCGGCUCGGCUCCCACUCCAGCCGAAGCCGAAACUGCAGCCGGCGCCGGGCCGGGGCCAUGGGCUCCCCGCGCCGUUCGGGUCAUGAGGACGGAGGCGGAGACAGCGGGGCAUCCGCUCGAGGCGGGAGACUUUGUGCAGCUGCCCGUGCCCAUCAUCCAGCAGCUCUACCACUGGGACUGUGGCCUGGCCUGCUCCAGGAUGGUGCUGCGGUACCUGGGCCAGCUGGACGACAGUGAGUUUGAGGGCGCCCUGCAGGAGCUGCAGCUCACCAGCAGCAUCUGGACCAUUGACCUGGCCUACCUGAUGCGCCACUUUGGCGUCAGGCACCGUUUCUGUACCCAGACCCUGGGCGUCGACAAGGGCUACAAGAACCAGUCCUUCUACAGGAAGCACUUUGACACGGAGGAGACGCGGGUGAACCAGCUGUUUGCACAAGCCAAGGCCUGCAAGGUGCUGGUGGAGAAAUGUGCCGUGAGUGUGCAGGACAUCCAGGCGCACCUGGCCCAGGGCCACGUGGCCAUCGUGCUGGUGAACUCGGGGGUGCUGCACUGCGACCUCUGCUCCAGCCCUGUCAAGUACUGCUGCUUCGCCCCCAGCGGCCACCGCUGCUUCUGCCGCACCCCUGACUACCAGGGCCACUUCAUCGUGCUGCGCGGCUACAAUCGGGCCACCGGCUGCAUCUUCUACAACAACCCGGCCUACGCCGACCGAAUGUGCAGCACCAGCAUCAGCAACUUUGAGGAGGCCAGAACCAGCUACGGCACGGACGAAGACAUCCUCUUUAUCUACCUGGACAGCUGACUGCGGGCGCCUGCGUGCCCACACCCUUAGCUCGCCCCCGCUGCUCCCCGCCGGGCCUGCCCGGGAGGCUCUGCCCUGGGCCCCGAGCAGUGACCUGGGCCUGUGCGGCCCAGCCCGGGGCGCUGUAGGAGACGGCAUGUGCACGCCUGCAUCGCCUGCUCGUGCCACACCCUGUAUGCCCCCUCCAGUUGCUGCAGGAGCCCCAGAGCAUCUGGGCAGAGCCUCCUCUGGGCAUGGUCCUGUGAACUGCCAGUGGGCAUCUCAGGGCUCCUGGGUCACAGAGAGACCUGAGCCCUUCUCUCUGCCAGCCCAGGAUUGAGCCCCGGGGAUGCCCUUUGCGGGGACAGCAGCUGUGUGCCAGGAGGCAGUUGCUGGCCUUAGCCCCGCUCUGGGCUGCUCAGACCUUCCCAAGAACCACCCGUUCCCCUCCCCCCUGGAAGUGCUGCAGACCCCCCCCCCCACCCCGGACCCCUCCACUCCCACCUUCCUGGGGCUGGUUGCAGGGCAGAAAUGACUCAGGCCCCUCACAGCCCUCCUGGUACUCCAGCCCUCCAGGGGGAGGAGGGCACUGGCUGAAUGUGCUCCCAGAAUACCUGACCCCGAGGGCCAGGAAGAGCUGCCUGCACCCCAAAGAUCCCCCGCCCGACCCUCACCCAUGUCCUAAGCUGAGAGCACUGCGUUGGGCAGGCCGGCGAGCGAGGGAGCCCGACCCGCGUUCCUGAGGGGCUCCCGGCCCGGUGCUCACAGCAGGACCCUGUGCUCUGAGCGCCCCAAACUCUUCCUCUUCCUUUUGCCUUUUCCACUGGCACGUGGUUGCUUCUUUGAGAUUUUUGUGUUCGCUUUUACAGGAGGGGCAGCUCACCCUCGAGUUAGACAAUAAUAGUGAGCUGUAGGUACUGGACGCCUCGAUGGGGCCAGGGCCGGGUCUCCCGAAGUGAGGAUGGUCCGCCACUCGGGGACUGGAGGCGCUGUGGCCAGGGCCCUGCCCCUCACAGGCAGAACAUGGUCCAGCCGGGGAUAGUUUGCCGAGGACCGUGGGAAAGGGGUCUGGAACCGAGUUCUGUGACUGAAAGAUAAGGGAAAGCGAUCAUUCCCGAAGGGGCCUGCUCUAACGGGGGGCCAUGGACCCAGCAGCCCCCUGCCCUGCACCCCUGCAUCUUGGUCUUCCAGUGCCCAGGGCACAACACCAUGGCAGCUGCUACCCUCCCCCAAACUAGAGAUGACGCCUCCGCACUCACUCCCCUCAGCCGCAGGACAUCAGACCACACCCCACUGCCCUCCACACCAGGCGCAGCUGGGGCUCCCGGGGCAGUGCUAUGAGCCAGGCAGCCACCCUGGGCUUCAUCUCUUGCCUUAAUGCUGGGCAAUCCCAGACCCCAGUGGGCCCCAGUUCCACAACCAGGGGCGUCCCGGAGGCCCUCUGUGGGGUGUGAGCAUCCUCAGGGCACAAUGAGGCGAGAGAAAGGGACAUCUUCAGGGAGGCUGAGUGUGAGGUCAGCCUCCACUGAGUGAUGGGGACACCUCGGGCCCCCUCCGGAACCCGGGACGCUCUGUCUCCCGGCUGGGAGCAUGUGGCUUUUCUGGGCGCCCACGUGGAAGAUGAAGGAGCCAGCAGCUUGCCCCGGAGAUGGGGCCGAGGCAGGGGCCAUGCUAGUGGAUACAGGGAGCUAAUGCCCACAGCACAUGGCACCCGGGGCCGAGGACCCCCAGUCCCUGCAGCCACGUGGGACUGGUUAGCUUGGUUCACCCCAGCUUCAUGGGAACAAAAGGGAUCUUUUGCAUUGCGGAGAUUUUAUACAUAAAUAUAUUUUGUUUGUAACGAGCCAUUCUCAAUAAACAUUACUGCAAAAUGAUGGCAGCCCCUGA